AUCAACAUGUCGAAGAAUGGUGGCCUAUUAGAAAGGACACUUGCCCAAGAGCCAGAACUCGUGAACGGCGAAGAGAUCCCAGCUCAUUAUGAGGUCCUGGAUAUGUCUAGAGACCCUCGAUGGAGCGCACAUGAUUUCGUCUGCUCCGAACCAAGCUUCAAAUACUACUGCGGGCUUCCCCUGCGAACCGACAACAACAUCAACAUCGGCGCUCUGUUUCUCCUUGACGACAAGCCCAAAGUAUCGUCCAGUCAAGCGCGAUUGAGAGUGCUGUUUACCAUUGCGGCCAACAUAAUGUCGCACAUGAAAACGGUCAAAGAGGCUAACGAGAAGAGACGUGCAAUCUACAUGAAUAUGUGUAUGGCAGACUUCCUCAACCCGGAACAUCGUUUCCGAAGUCGACAGAUGAGACCGCCCAAGUUCAGCUCUCCGCCUGACGUUGAUAACAACAGCCGGGUAGUCGAACCUCACCAGACUGGCCAAGACGUGCUGUCUUCUCGGCCUAUUGCUGAGAAGGGCACCUCAAAUCCUGAUCGGAGACUGAGUGUACCGCAUUGUCCCACAUCACGCAGCGUUACUUUUGUCAGCGACGAGCAACUGUGUCGUCGGCGCGACUUGAGCAGAUCACCUGGUCCCACACCACGCACCGAUAGCUGUAUCAGCAACGAGCAGCACGAGUACUUCGGACAUAAGCACAUCGCGCCCCUCCUGGAUACAACAGAGCCAGGAUUGCCAUCACAGCAUAAAGACACUUCAACGGGCAUACUUGGCGAGGAGAAAGAAUACGGUCUUGAUGCUGAUCCCGACAGAAGUCGCGGUCGGCCCCCAGGGCGAUCAUCACGCUCAUCAACGUCUUCCAUGAGCCCAAAGCCUUCGAAGAAUGUCACGGAAGCAGAUUACCAACGCACUUUCGAUCGAGCUGCUUAUUUACUCCGUCAAUCUUUGGACCUAUCUGCCCAUGGCGGAGGCGGUGUAGUACUGCUUGAUGCCAACGCAGGGGCUGAGAGUAUGGAUCCGGUCAGCAAGCGUCGUGACUCCAAGUCUGGAGAGAUCAAUACGGCAGCCAGACGACCUGGAGCAGGGCCUCGUCAGAAGUCGGAAGCUGGAUCCAAGGCAGACCGGUUCGACUCACUACACAAUGGACUCAUGCAGGAGCGUGUGGUCUUGGCCACCGCUUCAAUCAGCGAUUCCGCCGAGCACAUCAAGAACUUCGGGCGAGCGGACUCGACGUGGAAGGUGACGUUAACGCCCCCGGAACUUCGCAGAAUGUGCACAAGGCAUCCCCGGGGCAAGCUCUACAAUAUCCCAGAGAGCGUUGGCACUACGCUGUUCGACUACGAAGGACGCGCUGUCGCCGGUCGUCUGUCACUCAAGCUCUAUGAGCUCGUCUUGCUGCGCAGGCAGUUUCCAGAGGCCAAACAGGUGAUGUUCGUGCCCAUGUACCAUGCCAACCUCAACCGAUGGACUUCGUGUUUCGCUUUCACCAAUUCUCGCUACCGAAUUUUCGACUACGCUUUGGACUACUUGCCUAUGCUGUCAUUCACGAAUGCCGUCAAGGCCGAGAUUGUCCGUAUCGCUACAGCGUUCACCGACCAGCAAAAAAGCCUCUUACUCAACUCCAUGUCUCAUGAAUUGCGCUCACCUCUUCACGGCAUAUUGGCGUCUAUAGAGUUCUUACAAGACACGGAUAUGGACGCGUUUCAAGCUACCUGCAUCAACACCAUGGAUGCGUGCGCCCACACCCUCAUAGAUACCGUGGCAAUGGUCCUCGACCACAACAUCGUCAAGACUUCGCAACAAUCACAAGACUCCAAUGAAAAAUCUCCAAGUAUGCCUGGUCGAGCGAGCGUAAGGGACGGGCCAUUGUUCGCCAUCGAUCAAGAUUGUGACAUUGCGCUGAUCACAGAAGAAGUCAUGUGGGUGCCCUUUGUAAAUUGCCUCGUGGCCGGGAACGCGACGAAAUUCGACGACACAACAAUUGAAAUGAACGCAACGCUGGAACUGGUCAAUGGAGAUUUGUCGAUGCGGAGAAUUCUACAAGCAGUUCGACCUGAGGUGGAACUCAUCUUGGAUGUACAGGCGCCAACUGACUGGUCUUUCUCAACGCACCCCGGUGCUAUCAGACGCAUUGUCUUGAAUCUUUUCGCCAACUCGCUCAAGUACACGAAGCACGGCUACAUCAUGGUUUCGUUGCAACGGGCACAUAUUGGACACGAGGAGGCCGCUGACUCCAGGUUCACUGAAAAGAAUAAAUCAGACAUCAUCAAGCUCAUAGUCACCGACACUGGUCAAGGCAUGUCUCCAGAAUACCUGCGCGCCAAGGUGUUUGCGCCUUUCACACGCGAAAAUGUGAGGGCCGCCGGUGCUGGGGUCGGACUCAGAAUCGUCCGCUCAAUCGUUGGCUCGCUCAAAGGUGAGAUCGACAUCAAGUCGAUUGUGAACGUGGGAACCAUAGUAGUCGUCAGCCUUCCAAUGAAGAAAGCAAGGUCGAUUGAUAUCGCUCUGCCGAAUAACCUACCUACCACGCCAGGAGGAUCGGAAAUCACCCUUAUCGCACGCCGUCAGCAACGCCUACGAGAUCCCAAUAUAUCUACACUCCAGAACUUGCAAGAUCCGCCACACGCCGCUCUCUACGUGCCCACCCUGGAGCAUAGCAACUUUAGCCAGACUCAAGGCGCACAUCAUGUCUACGCUGCGCUUGUUCAAUAUUUGACGAAUUGGUUCAGGCUUCCAACUUCGCAGAAUUGGGACGUUGACUUGUCAGCGAAGCUUCUAUUCGUGGAUGAGAUGCAUCUUCCGACUCUACUUGCGGGGCGCCCAGACUACUUGGGCACACAGUCGCCACAAAGCAUCAUCAUAAUGUGCGCGAAUCCUGCCAGACAAGCUGUCCUGUCACAGGACAUCAAGAGCCGUCGGGUAGAGUUGAUCUCCAAGCCUUUUGGGCCUUACAAGCUGGCGCGUACCAUAUGCAGAGCAUUGGAAAAAUCAUGUGUGCCAAUGAAGACGGAAGAGUUCAAACAGAAGCACGAACAGACUGUGGUCAUGACACCAGACUCAUCAAGGUCUGCAGUCUCCAGCGCCACUCAUAAUUCAGGCAUAACGAGGCGCAAACACGAAGUCAACGCUGGGUCGCAAGUAGAGCACCUCGCCUCCCAGACCCCGCCAGCUCGUGCUGUCUCGACACAGAUUGAUGAAACCCAUUUUAGAGAAGUCACCACUGUCCGCAGCGCAAGCCACAUUCAUGAAGUCGAAGCUGGAACGGAUGGUGGUUUCCCGUUCCCGGCACACGACGUACAACCUCAUCGCUCGACGCCUCCUCCGAACCUACCCGGAGACGACCCUAAAACGCCAGAAAACCGUCCAGCCUACCACCUAGCUCCUCCAGGAGCUCGCAGACUAGGAAUCCUCGAGAGCCGCCCAGCUGCAACUCCAACAGCCUACGGCCGCGCGCAACCGCCCACGACUGUGGACAGGAUCGAUCUGUGGGACAGGCAACCUGGUGCACAAUCUCGAAAGCCUCGCCUGCUACUUGUGGACGACAAUCGGCUGAACCUCCAACUUCUUCACACCUACCUCUUGAAAAAAGGCCACGAUAGUGCCUUGAUCAGAACGGCAGAAGAUGGACGGCAGGCUUUGGAUAUCUACCGCGAAUUCCUAGCGGACAUUGUCUUUAUGGAUCUCUCUAUGCCGGUCAUGGACGGUCUGGAAGCCACACGCGAGAUUCGAGCCUUUGAAGCACGGAGAGCAGAUGACACUAGUCCCACAAAUCCGGGUGGAUCGAGGACUUGCACGCCUGCGAUCAUCAUCGCUUUGACGGGGAAUGCCAAGUCGAAUGACCAGACGGAGGCUUUCAAUUGCGGAAUUGACAUGUACAUGACAAAGCCGGCGAGUUUGAAGCAGAUUAGUGUCCUUUUGGAGAAUUGGAGGGAGCGUACUUGA